AUGAAUGGCUAUAAUAAUGGUAAUUAUGGUGAUUAUUCAUAUAAUCCAAAUUCAAAUAUGAAUAAUAAUCAAAAUAAUAACCAAACUACAAAUAAUAACAAUAACAGUAAUGGCAUUCAAAACCCAUAUCAACAAAGAAAUAUAUCAAAUGAUUCAAGUUUUCAAAAUAGUAUACAAUUGACUCCAACUGAACCAUUACAAUAUGACAAUAAUAAUAUUCAAGCAACAUCAAAUAUGCCAACUCGUAAUUAUAGUAAUUUUGUAAGUCAUCAACCAAAUUAUAAUAAUAAUAAUACCCAUAAUAAUAAUAAUGUAAUGGCAACACCUGAAUACAAUGAUGUAUUUAUUUCAAACACAAGACAACAGUCACAAAGAAUACGACCACCAAAUAUUAAUGUUAUACCUGCCUCAGUUGUUAAUAAUGAAUCAACUCAACAAAGUAUAGAUUCUCCAAACCCAAUAUAUUCAAGCUUAAAUCAAAGACCUCCAACAAAUUAUUUUAAUGAUGAAAAUUAUUACCAAAAUACAAAUUCAACAAAUAAUUUAGAAUAUCCAAAUAAUAGUCAAUCAAAUUUAGUUAAUAGAUCUUAUUCACCAGAUCGUAAUGGUGCUUCACCAAGUAUUAUAUCAAGUGAUGAAGAUACAAAACCAAUUUUACCAUAUAAUGGACAAUCUCAGUCAACAGAUCAUUUUGAUCCUUUGGCUUACCGUGAUCCUUAUGAUUCUAACAAUCAAAAUAUUAAUGAAGAUAUUGAAAAUAGUUAUAUAGAUCAUAAUGGUAAUGAUUAUGAAAUUAAUUCUUAUUUAGAUAGAAAUGGUAACAUGAUUGAUCCUUAUCAAUUUGCUAAUAAUGGUAAUGAUAAUGGUAAUUUUUUGAAAAGACCAUAUAGUCGUACAAAUAAUUUUGAUUAUUCAUAUAGUGAUAAUGAAGAUGGUGAAAAUAGUGUAGAAGGUAGUGAUCUUUCUUUAUCACACCGUGAUUUAGGUGAAUAUGAAAAUGAUGAUUUUAAUAAUGAUUUAACUACAUUAGAUAAAAUGGCUAAUGAAAGAACUCAAUCAUCAAUUUCUUCAGUGGAUUCUAAAGAAAUGCUUUUCUCAACAGAAGAUGAAGAUAAAAUAUUGAGUAAUGAUGGUAGUAAUAGAUGGUUACCAAAAAGAGAAGCUACAGAAGUUAGAAAAUUUAAAUUAUGGAGAGGUAAUUUUAUCUUUGAUUCUCCAAUAAGUAAAAAUUUGAUUGAUCAAUAUAGUACAGCUGUAGAGAGUCCAAAUCUUUUAUCUAAUGAAUUUAAAUUUAUGAGAUACCAAGCUAUUACAUGUGAACCAAAUCAAUUAGCUCAAAAUAAUUUUACAGUUAGACAAUUAAAAUAUUUAAGACCAAGACAAACUGAAUUGAUGAUUGUUAUCACUAUGUAUAAUGAGGAUCAUAUUUUAUUGGGUAGAACUUUGAAAGGUGUUAUGCAAAAUAUAAAGCAUAUGGUUCGUAAGAAGAACUCAAGUACUUGGGGACCAGACGCUUGGAAAAAAAUCGUAGUUUGUAUCGUCUCUGACGGUCGUUCCAAGAUAAAUGAAAGGUCACUAGCUUUAAUCAGUUCUCUUGGUUGUUAUCAAGAUGGUUUUGCUAAGGAUGAAAUUAACGAUAAAAAAGUUGGAAUGCACGUUUAUGAACAUACAACAAUGGUUAAUAUUGAUAAUAUUGGUAAGGAUUCUGUUGAACUAGUUGCUAAUGAAACUACUGUUCCUGUACAAUUGUUAUUUGCAUUAAAAGAACAAAAUCAAAAGAAAAUCAAUUCUCAUAGAUGGGCAUUUGAAGGUUUUGCAGAAUUAUUACAACCAAAUAUUGUGGUUUUGCUUGAUGCUGGUACCAUGCCUGGUAAGGAUUCUAUUUAUGAAUUAUGGAGAGAAUUCCGUGUGCCAAAUGUUGGUGGUGCUUGUGGUGAAAUUAGAACCGAUCUUGGUAAAAACUUCAAAAACUUAGUUAAUCCAUUAAUUGCAUCCCAAAAUUUUGAAUAUAAGAUGUCAAAUAUUUUGGAUAAAACUACGGAAUCUAAUUUUGGUUUCAUUACUGUGUUACCUGGUGCUUUCUCUGCCUACAGAUUUGAAGCUGUUCGUGGUGAACCAUUAGAAAAAUAUUUCUAUGGUGAAAAGGUUGCUGAUGAAGGUUUGCAUUUCUUCUCUUCAAACAUGUACUUAGCUGAAGAUCGUAUUUUAUGUUUUGAGAUUGUCGUGAAAAAGAAUGCUAGCUGGGUCCUGAAAUAUUGUAGAAGUUCUUAUGCCUCCACAGAUGUUCCAGAAAGAGUUCCAGAAUUUAUUUUACAAAGAAGACGUUGGUUAAAUGGUUCAUUUUUUGCAGGUGUUUAUUCGUUUGCUCACUUUUAUAAAAUUUGGACUAGUGGUCAUAAUUUUGGUAGAAAAUUUUUACUGAAUUUAGAAUUCAUUUACCUAUUAUUCAAUACAGUUGUGGCUUGGUUCCAAUUGAGUUCUUUCUUUUUGGUUUUCAGAAUUUUAACCCUAUCUAUUGCUGUUUAUUAUAAUGCUGUUUUUGGUAUUCUAUCCGUUGUGUUCUUAUGGUUAUAUGGUAUAUCUAUCUUUUCCACUUUCAUCUUAUCGUUAGGUAAUAAACCACCUAGUACAGAGAAGUAUUAUGUUUUAAAUUGCAUCUUUUUUGCGAUAUUGAUGAUUUACAUGAUUUUUUGUAGUGUGUUUAUGAGUGUUAAAUCCUUCCAAAGUAUUCUAGAGUCUGAUAAUAUUACUUUUAAAGGUUUAAUUUCUAGAGAAGCUUUCAGAGAUUUAAUAAUUUCAAUGGGUUCUACAUAUGCGUUAUAUUUUAUCAGUUCUAUCAUCUACCUCCAACCAUGGCAUAUGUUUACCAGUUUUGUCCAAUAUAUUCUGUUGAGUCCUUCAUACAUUAAUGUUUUGAAUAUUUACGCUUUUUGUAACGUUCACGAUAUCUCUUGGGGUACAAAGGGUUCAGUGGCUAAACCAUUGGGGAAAAUUACUACUAAAGAAGAUGGUACCUUCAAAAUGGAAAUUUUGGUCUCUAGUGAGGAGAUUCAAUCCAAUUACAACAAAUAUAUGAACAUUUUAACCCAACCUGAACCGAAAGAAGGAAAAUCGAAAGAAGCAUCCUUAGAAGAAAAAAAACCAGGUUAUUAUGCUAAUAUCAGAUCCCUUGUUAUUAUCUUUUGGGUUAUGACCAAUUUUGGUGUUUGUGCUGCUGUGUUAGAAACUGGUGGUAUUGGUGAUUAUCUCUCAAUGAGAAGUGCCAGAAAAAAUAAUACUACUGGGGAAACUUUAUCAGCUACUGAUAUCGAAAGGCCAUUACUAACUGAUAAGGCUACGAUAUAUUUUACAGUUAUCUUAUAUUUAGUUGCAUUAUCUGCAUUGGUUAGAUUUUUUGGCUGUUCUAUAUAUAUGAUUGGUAGAUUUUACAAGAGAAUGACACAUAGGUGA